AUGCUCAUGCCCACCUUCGGCAACAAGGAAGAAGAAGGAGAAGACAACUUGGUUCUAGAUAACGAAUUCGGCGAUCUCAUUGCCGAACUCAAAUCUGUCCUUGGCACGUCCAAGGGCCUUGCUCUGGACGAUAUCGAUGUGAAUGAAAUCAAAGCCAUCAUGGAAAAGUACCACUCCAAGGAAGCCCACUGGGGCAAGUACGCCUUGAGUGAUGCCACCAAAGGUUACACCAGAAACGGCAUUUUGAACAUCAACGGCAACGCCAACCUCCUUAUUUUGGUCUGGUCGCCCGGCAAAGGUAGUGCUAUUCACGACCACGCCAAUGCCCACUGUUGCAUGAAGAUUCUCAAGGGCGAGUUGACGGAAUCGCUAUAUGACGUUCCCGACCACGAGGGUGAAAUGAAGCCCAGACUGGUGAGCAAGUUGGGCCGUGACGAGGUGGGGUACAUUUCCGACGACAUUGGCCUCCAUAAGAUCUCGAACGAAACCAGCGACUUUGCCGUGAGUCUACACCUUUACACGCCUCCAUACGCCAGUUUGUACGGGUGCCUGAUGUACGAAAGCGGCACGGCCAAGAAGCACCACGUGAACAUGAGCAAGUACUACAGCUGGCAGGGUGUUUUGGUGAACGCCAAGCUGCUGGAGUGCUAA